AUGGCGGAUCAUCCAGCAGCAGCAGGAGGAGGAGAUGCCAGCCUGCAGGACAUCCUGAGAGGACGGACAGAUGGAGCGCAGAGGACGAAGAGCAGCUCCAACAUGAUCCGAGUGUUCAUCAGCUCCACAUUCACAGAUAUGAGCAGCGAGAGGAAAGCCCUGCUUGAUAAAGCUUACCCAGAAGUCCUUGCUUUCUGUCGCAGUCUGGGGCUGGUGUUUGAGGUGGUUGAUCUGCGUUGGGGGAUUCGAAGCAUCUCGUCUGGAGACCACGAGGCCUGCGAGAUCUUCCUGCAAGAGAUCGAGAGCUGCAAGAGGAUUUCAGCUGGUCCAGCUUUCAUCGCUCUGCUGGGGAACCGGUACGGCCAGCGAACUCUUCCUCGCCUCGUCCCGGAGAAGCAGUUUGAAGUCCUUUUGUCCAAACUCUCCAAAAACCCCAAAGGCAUCAAGCAGCUGAAUCAGUGGUUCUUAAAAGACAACAAUGCGGUCCCACCCACCUAUGUGCUUCAGCCAAUCACGGCUCACUACCCCCACUACAGCGACCUCCGACCUGAGAGCGGGCCGCAGCGUGACAACGACCUCCUCUCCUGGCGUUUCACAGAGACGCAACUGUUGCAGCUCCUACGCUCCGCCGCCACGGAAGCCGAGGCAGCUGGUGACAUCACAGUCGAGCAGAAACAACAUUUUUUCACAUCAGUCACAGAGCAAGAGUUCGAGCAGGGUUUGUGGAAGGACAGCAACGAUCCGUCGGCUCUGCUCUUCGUGCGAGAGAUUCCCCGCCAGAGGGUAAGGGACGGUCCCAAACGUCUGGCUAAGUUCAUGGACCUGACCGCCAACGGUCUGCUGGACGCAGAAGCUCAGGGACUCCUCGCCAGCCUCAAGUCCCGCCUCUACGCCACGCUGCAGAAGAUCCUCAACCUGCACUGCGUGGAGCUCAGCAAAGGAAGCAUCGACCCCAAACGCAAGGAGCACACUCAGUACCUGGACAGCGUCUGCGAGCAGUUUGUCUCACAGAUGAAGGCCAGAAUUGGAGCGGCGGUAGAUUCGCCAGUGGGGGGGAGGCAGAGGAAACUCUGGGGAAGCAUUGAGGAAGAAAAGGAGGAAAUCUCAGACCUGGUGGUUGAAGAGGUUGGACGGCACGCUGCCAUGAGCACCGAGCUGUGCAGAGGUCUCUACGGCAGGGAGGGUCUUCUGGGUAAACUCUGCUGCGCCAUGUGGGAGUCCACCAACGUCCACCACGGCCUGCUCGUGGUGCACGGGGCUGCUGGGAUGGGGAAGACGGCUCUGCUGUGCAAACUGGCGCAGGAGAUGCGUAGCGUUCUGGAAGCUGGGGCAGCGGUGGUGAUCAGGCUGCUGUCGGCCCAUCAUCCUCAGAGACCCGACAUCGACCACGUCCUCCGCAGCGUCUGCCUCCAGAUCUGUUUGGCUUGUGGUUUGGCUCCACCCUCGCCGCUGACUGCCAACACUCACCUGGAGCUGCUCCGGUUCUUCAGGAACGUCCUCAUCGAGGUUUCCCAGCAGGGCCACACUCUGCUCAUCAUCCUGGACGCUCUGGAUCAGCUCUCAGACCAACAUCACGCUCACAAACUCCACUGGAUACCCGCCAGCCUGCCACCCAACGUCCACCUGGUGGUUUCCAUGGAUACCAACAGUGCGGCAUUCGUUAACAUGCGGCUGAAGCUGAAGAGUUUGGAGAGUUUCUUUGAAGUGGAGCGUUUGUCUCGUGACGAAGGAAAACAGAUGAUGGAAUCGUACCUGCGAGUGUCUCAGCGAACUUUGACCCCCGAGCAGAGCGACGCCGUGCUGCAGAGCUUCGCCACGACUGGCUGUGCUCUGCAUCUCAAACUGAUUCUGUCUGCAGCCAAACGCUGGACGUCCUUCACCCCGCUCACAGCAACACACCUGGCUGCCAACACACAGGAAAUGAUGUCACAGCUCUUGCUGAUGCUGGAGGAGCAACAUGGGAAGGAGCUGGUGGGUGCGGUCUUAGGGUACAUCACUCUGGCAAGGGAAGGUCUGCUGGAGGCUGAAGUGCGCGACGUCAUGUCCUUGGAUGAUGAUGUCAUCAGUGAGGUGUACAGGUACACCCUCCCUCCGACCCCCUCGCUGAUCCGCCUGCCCCCCCUGCUCUGGGCACGACUCAGACGGGACCUCGAAGAUCUGCUGGAAGAGCGUUGGACGGGCGGGGUCGCUGCCAUCGCCUUCAACAACCGGCAUCUGUGCGAGGCAGUUUCGGCUCGGUAUCUGAUAUCAGAGCGGCGGGGGCGGAGCCUCAGGAUCCUGGCGGAGUACUUCCUGGGUCGGUGGUCGGGGAAACUGAAGCCGGUGGCUCUGCCGGGUCUGUCGCUGCUCCUCUCUGACAGAAAGGUCCCUCCCCAGCCGCUGUGGUUUGCUCCAGGAUUGGCCAACGUCAGGAAGCUCCAGGAGCUGCCCUAUCACCUGCUGCAUGCUGGUCUGUGGGACGAGCUGCGACAGGAAGUCAUCGGCAGUGCUGAGUGGCUGUACUGUAAGAGCAGGGUGUGUGGGGUAUCCAGUGUGAUCCAGGACCUGGACCAGUGCUCCCAGUACAUGGACUGCACUGAGACCAGACUGAUCCGAGACACUCUGGUCCUGAUCAAACCCAGUCUGGACUUCCUGGAUGGUCACAUGGACAUGUUUCUGUUUUACACCGAGCUGUUGGCCAGACUCUGCUCCCUGGCCACGCCUUUCCCCUCUGUGAUUGGUCGGCUGUGUAGCCAAUGUGAGGAGAGGUUACUGACGUGUCCCGAGCCCAUCCUCAUUCCCAAGUGCAGUUUCCUGCAGCAGCCAGGGGGGGCGCUACAACACACACUGACUGGACUGCAGGGAGGUGUGCUCUGUGUGGACACCAGUAUGGAGGCGGAGCUUCUGGUUGCAGGUUCAGAUGACGGUGUAGUGGCGGUCUGGAGCCUUGCUGACCAGCUACUCGUACACUCACUGCUGGGACACACAGGUGCGGUUCUGUCUGUCAAAGUGGUUGAAAGCUCCGCCCACUGCCUCUCAUUGGCUGCUGACGGCUCUCUGAGGAGGUGGAGCCUGAUGACCGGCCAACAGCUGCUCUGCAUUCAGGAGGUGGUGCCUGUUGACUCCGCCCCUUCCUCAGUACACCUCCACCUGUGUGAACAUAAGAUAUUUGUUUACACCAGGACACAGGUGAAGGUGUGGAAGCUGGAUGGAGCAGAGCUCCUCAGCAGCAGCAGUGAUGAUGAUGGGUCGAUUAUUCUGGGAGUUCUGGGAGAAUCUAUAGUUUCUCUGUGUGAUUCGGGUCUGGUCAGAAUAUCUCAUCCUGUUAAUGAGACUGUUGAGACUCGGCUGGAAAACUCACAGAGAACUUUAACUCUUGUGAAAUCUGUUACGUUACCAAAACGUGGGAAAGUGUUUGUGGUUUCUAAAGAAGGAUUCCUCUACCAGAUUUCAAGGAUGGGGAGACAGACAGCCGUCAAGUUUCCUCUGGUUCCCUCUCUGCUUUCAGUCACUGAAGAUGAAAAAAUACUGAUAGCAGGAAGUGAUCGGACUCUGAGCCUCUUUAACAUCGACAGUGACUUUGUAGACGGAUUCCUCGACCUCCAACACGACGACAGCGUUUUGUCCGCCUGCGUCUCGUCAGACUGCCGACUGCUCGCCUCAGGAGCUGCUGACCAACUCAUACGAAUCUGGUCAGUGACCACCGGUGGGUUGUUGGACACUCUGUGUGGUUCAGACUCUCCCGUCACUUCUGUUGUUCUGUAUAACGGCUUCGUGGUUUCAGCCUCAACGGCUGCUCCCAGCGUCCACAUGUGGAGUCUGAAAUACAACACCCGCCACAAACCCAUCGCUCACGUUCCUGCAGGCUGCGCCCACGUCGCCGUCACUAAAGACACAGACCGGGUUUUCUACGUCCGACAGCAGAGCCAGAGAGAGGUCAUCAGCUGGAACAACAACACAGGUUCUCUAUCGGAGCGUUUGGCGGUCUCUGCUGAGGUUUGCUGUCUGGAGUUAGCUCAACACAAACAGCUGCUGCUCUGCGGUCUGACCACCGGCACAGUGCUCAUCUACCCGUUAGCCCUGUCCCAGGAGACGCUCUGUAUCCCCCCUCCAGAGAGCCUCUCCAGGGUGCUCUGCCUGGCUGUCAGCUCCCAGGAGAAGCACAUGGCGGUGGCCUACGAGGACUCUGUGUGUUUGUUCGAGAUCACCACCAGAGACAGCUUCCCCACGGUGGAGGGACCCCUGGAGGGGUUCCCCCUGUCCCUCCUCCACGCCCCGCUGUCCUCCAUGGCCCUGCUGUCAGACCGCAGGCUGCUAUACGGGACGAGCUGCGGGGUGGUGAAGCUCCUCAACUUCAGCGGCGGCAGCAGCUCCGACCUGGAGCCUCAUCGCAGCAGAGUCACCUGUGUGACGGCCAGUAACUGGGGGACCCACGCCCUGGUGGGCUCCGAGGACGCCGUCCAGAGGCUGUGGGCCCUGAGCCCACUGGUCUUGGACCACACCAUGGAGUACAAGGGUUUUUUCUUCGAAGGUGUCCUCUCUGCUGCUUUUUCCGACAGCGACCAGUUUGUCUUCACUGGAUCUCAGGACAGAACCGUCAAAGUCUGGGACGUUGCGACCGGAAACCUGCUGUACGUUCAGUACGUCUACUCCCCCGUCGUCAGGAUGGUGACCUUCAGGAACGGCUUUGUGGCGUUGUCUCAGCAGGGCUCCGUCAUCAAAGAGGUGUUUCGCUGUCCGGACCACAUCAGUCCGGACUACAACCCUCUGAGGAACGUCAAGGCCCAGUACCGGGUCACCUCCAGGGAGAAGAAGAACCGGGACGGCCAGCAGAGCUCUGGCCUCCAGGACUACAACCCGGCCCAGUUCAACCUGAACCUCAUGAGCAUGCUCAGAGCAAAACCCUCCUCCACCUGUCUCAUACUGUAGAACACCGGGGCCCAAACUGGGGCCCCAGGACCUCCAGGGACCUCCAGGUUCUAGGGAGGUUUCAAAAGGCAAUGAGAAAAAAACAAAUCUAUUUAAGAAAUUAAUUAAUUAACUAAAUUUAACUGUGACCAGAGUUAAUGUACAUGUUAACUACACAAAUUACACAUUGUAAAUAUACAGGAACCAUCUUGUUUAUAACAUGAAAAAAUUAUUAAAACGUCUUUUUAGUUUUCUGGAAUCCUCAUAUUCUUACGAGAAUAUGGCUAAAUACUAAAAUUGUAAACAGCUAAUGGUGCUAGCAACAACACAUUUACACAAUUUAGCCAUAUUUUGGCAAAAAUAUGAAUGUUUUAAAUGAAGUAAAGCAUUCAGAUGGACAGAGGAGAUGGGGAUUCUGCUGCAGGACUCUGAAUAUUGUAACUGUUGUGAAUCCAAACGACUACAGCUGCUGUCCUUUGUGUAGGUUAUCAAAGUAAGCUAAUAAAUAACUGAAAGGG